AUGUCCAGCAUGACUUAUACAUGGUCAAAGGCUCUUGUGGUUGAAAUGUUCCAAAUUGAGUGUGUGGAACACAUUCUGCUGAAGAAGAAUCAGACUGUGGACAAAGAAAACAUUUGUCAGGGAAGCCUCUUGAAGGAGUAUGAGGAGCAUAAGGCCGUGAAGACUACCGGUACUCGCAUAUCCACCAAAUCAAAGGUCAAUGACGUUACACAGACCCUUAAGCCAUCAAGAAUGAGUAAGAUGGAAGGCUUUGCCAUGAGUGGGAUGCAUGGUGCAGCUAAAAAUCAUCAACAAUGUUGCUCCAAGAUUCACAGUGCAAUCCACACAAAAUCAACCAGAAACUUUUCUCACUUAUGUAUUUCAGAGGAGGCCACUGGUGACCCAGAUGUGAAGAUGCACAAAGUGUCUAACUCAUUAACUGAUCUCGAGAUGCUUCUAUGUAAAUGGAAGUCUGGAGAUAUUUACUGGAGACAGAUGGAAAACGAGGAGUUUGAGGAACUUCAUCGUGAACAAAACAAGAAACUCAACAGUGGGCAAAAGUGCACUUGCACUCGUUCUCCUGACGACAAUGACGAGAACCCUCCACCAAGACGCCAUAAGGCGAAGAAGUGCACUCAUGCUGACGAGAAUGACAAGAACCUUUCUCCAAGACACCACAAGAAGACAUACAAGAGUCUUCUGUCUGUUGACACUGAUGCUGACACCAACAACAACAAUAACAAUGUCAACACUGACAUCAACACUCAGCUCGAACCUUCAGCAUCUCUUACUACCAAUGACAAUGAACUGACCUCGUUGAGUGGGACAGAAAAAUUGAUAGUCAAGGUUUUCAGAACAAUAGUAGCACUGUGGGUGCAGCAGGCAGUAGAGGGCCUAAUGUUGAUGUUGAUUGGAAUGGACAGCGGGAGCCUAGUGUUGACAUUGAAAGAGAGGUUAACAUUGGCAUUGAGCAAAGGUGGAGGAGAGAACAAGGAGGAGGAUGGCAUUGGCAUGCUCAACAUUGAGGUUGAGCAGAGGUAG